AUGACAGUAGGCAUCUUAGUACCAGCAAUUGUCCUCUCUGAGACCUUUUUAACCAAAAUCACUGCCACCAGCUCAGAUUUCAAUAUCAUUGAAGCCAUCGUCGCCAACAUUCAACAUGCCUUCACUCACGACAAACUUACUUCUAGGCAGUUGGUUGACUUCUACCUGGAUCGGGUCAAAACCUUCAAUCCCCUGCUUCAAAGCUUACUGGAAGCCAACCCUGAUGCACGUGAUCAGGCAGACGAGGACGAUAAACAGAGGGAGGUACCCUUUCGUGGCGGUAGAUCAGUGGGACAGGUGCACGACUUUCCUAUGCUGCUCAAGGACAACAUCGCCACCAAUGACAAGCUCAACACGACUGCUAGGUCCUACGCUUUGCUCGGAUCGAAGGUGCCGAGAGAUGCGGGCAUGGUAAAGAGGUUGAGAACUGCUGGGGUUGUGAUAUUCGGGAAGGCUAGUCUCACUGAGUGGUAA